UUUUUAAAAUGAUCCUUUAAAUAAUCAAAACACCUGAUCCCUGAUCUGGUGGAAUUGGCACCGCAAGGAGUCAGAAAGCCAAGAAACAUGAAGAAAAGAAGAAGAAGAAUUAUUGAAAUUUUCAUUUCCAUCUACGAAUUCUACCCACAUUCACCAAUUUCACCAUUCUAUUCUAGGCUUCGCAAUUCAAUAAAGAUAAAUAAUGGCCCAAAUAGGCGAGCCAUUGACACUAUCCCGAGGUAAUCUAAAAGUUCCAAUAGAAUGUUUCUGUUUAUACUCAUUCAAAACCUUCCUUGCAGACAUCAAACGGUCAAUAGAGCUCCUCGAGAAGCUUCAAAAAAGCGGAGAAGUCCCGGCCACGAAGCUCGCAGCCCUGCAAAAAGUCCUCCAGAGCGACUUCCUGAACGCUGUCCGAGAGGUAUAUGAGCACGUCUACGAGACCGUGGACAUCCAGGGGUCUCAAGACGUUAGGGCUUCGGCUACUGCUAAAGCCACUGUCGCCGCAUUCGCAGCCAGUGAAGGCCACGCUCAUCCCAGAGUGGUCGAGUUGCCCAAGACUGACGAAGGACUGGGGUUCAACGUGAUGGGUGGCAAAGAGCAAAAUUCACCCAUUUAUAUUUCUAGGAUUAUACCAGGAGGGGUGGCAGACAGGCAUGGGGGUUUGAAAAGGGGGGACCAACUUCUGAGUGUAAAUGGAGUGUCUGUUGAUGGUGAAAAUCAUGAAAAAGCUGUUGAGCUUCUGAAGCAAGCUCAUGGAUCUGUUAAAUUAGUUGUUAGGUAUACACCAAAGGUACUUGAAGAAAUGGAGUUGAGAUUUGACAAGCAGAGAGCUAGAAGGAGACAGCAGUUUAACUAAAGGUGAGUUUAUAAAAACCAUUUGAUAUUUAACAUUUGAAAAUCUAGAAUACUGAUUGGUACAUUUGAAUCAGUAUUCCAGGUUUUCAAAUCUUAAUUGUUGAGUAUUUUUAUAAAUUCAGAAGUACUAAACCAAGAUCUUGGUAUAUGGAUUUUAUUUAUUGACCCUAUGCAAUGAGAUUUGAUGAGUAUGUAUAUUAUUUGGGUCUACUGAUUUAAUUUUAUCUAUAUCAUAUUGAUUGUCAUUUGUAGCAACAAAUUUGUUUUUGGAGCUUAUUGUAUGUUGUGUAUAUGUAAGUACUAAGACUAAGUAGGUAGUAGAUGUGGAAGAUUUUUGUUAUACAUCUACCUAAUGUAAUAUGAGUUUUAAUUGUGGUCAGAAAAUUACAAAUUCUUUGAAAAAUAUCUGAAGAUAUUGUCCAAUUAACACAGUAUUAAUUAUAUUAUCUGCUAUAUUGUAUUUAUUAAAUUUUCAACACUUUUUUUAUUAAAUCAAUUUUAUCUUUUUGUUCCAAGGGACUUUCUUAUUUCACUUUUCCUCAUCAUGUUUAUACUCAAUUUCCAUUAAAGGAGGUGAGGUGGGAAAUAAAAUAUAAAUAUAUUUGAUAUGGAGAUAUAUUUUUGGGAUUCAUAUUUGGAAUAAUACAUUGAAGGAAUUUCAUAUACACUAUAGUAUUCAUAUAGUGAAUCACAAUAAUAACUAAACAAAGAUUCUCAAAAUAAUAAAAUAAAGCCAAGUUCAACUGAUCUUACAACUAAAAUAAAACAGGUCUAAAAUAAUACUAGACAUAAUCAGUCAUACUAGAGAGGUUGUGAAUCAAACUUAAAAUGCAACUUAUUUGUUCAGAUCAAUGGCAGAGAUUACAGUUUUGACUAAAACCCCUUAUCACAAAUGAUGAUAGCUGUCUUCUAAUGACAGUCAAUAACCUAUACAUGCUUCUACUACAUUGAGGAAUGUACUGAUUUGACAACAGAUAUUCAUUGCACAUUAGUAGAGCAUCAUUUGGUCAAUAAAUAUUUAAAAAUGGAAUAUAUAAAAAUGGUAAAUUUAAAUAAUAAAUAACACAUACUAUUUCUGAUUAAAGCUAACAUUCAGUUCCACUCAGACUAUGCUAAUUUUAUCACAAAUAAUGAAAAUGAAUUCAAACUAGAUAAGAACAUUCAGUUUAGUCAUAGAUUGAAUGGUUUAGUGCAUUAUAUCCCCCAUCUGAACUUUGGAUAUCAUGUAAAUACCCACAAUCAGACCAAAAAGACCAAUAGCACUCCCAAAAAUCUCAAUCACCAAGAUCUUGAUGAAAAGAGAGCUAUCAGCAGCAUCUGCCAAAGCUGCACCUGAACCUACAAUACCCACAGCUAUACCACAAAAGAGAUUCACCAUUCCCACUGCUAGCCCAGAUCCAAACAUAGUAUAACCUGCAAAUAUACAAAUUUGUCUUGUUAGCUUUGGAAUUAGAAUGUAUUAAUAAAAAUGUGAGAAGUACAAACCUGCUAGCCAAUUCUUCCCCAUCAGCUCCUCAUCUUUAGUAACAAUCUCAUAAGUGAAAUUCUCCAUGUACCCACACAAGACAAUGGCAGUGAUCAAGCCAUAAAUGGCCACGGCUUCACAGAAAAUCACCGAGACCAGAUUCUUGGUUUUGAUUCGGGGGGCUUUAACUCCCCCGCCCACGAUGCUAACGCCAGUCGUGUGGAUACCCACAGCAGCCCCUGCGAUUGAUAGAGAGACAGAAAGGCCUAUGCCCAAACAGCACCACAUGUGGGGCGCGGUGUUCUGGAGGAACCAUCCCACGCUGAUUCGCUCCCCUUUGCCGGUGAGGAUGUGGUACAGCACCAGGACUGUUGUGGUUAGCAGGGCCAAGACUGAGAAGGUGUAUGAUAGAGUUGAUCGGAUGCUCAUUUUUGCUGAUUCUUCAGCGUGCCUGCGUUUUUAGGAAUUGUAUACUGACGUGUAGUAAUCAAUUCAGUUGGUUGUUUGACUUAUUGAACUAUUUUUCAUAUCAUUUUGCGAGAUAUUUCAUUCAACUUGAAAUUACAAAUUUUUAAAUGGUUUGUUUUGUUGCCCACCCAGAAAUGACAGUUGACAGUUUUGACUUUGACGGAAUUGACGUUGACACAUGGCAUAUUUCCAUUCGGUGACCAGUGGUUGUGUUCAAAAUGGAGAAGAGAAGAAGAAGAGAUGAGAUUUUAAAUCGACGCCAUUUUGAUUCUGGAAGCUUUAGGAAGAAUUCAAAUGUUCAAAUGAAAUUUUAA